ACUUAGCGUGUUAUCGAUAGCUGUAUAUACAAGUAAAAUUUAGCAAAUUCGGUGCAAAUUUGUAUAUUUUAUGUCUUAGAUGUGUAAUUAACGUUAGAUGCCCACGCUACGCGACACGUUUCGUGCCAACUGGCUCAUAUCCGUAUUCGGAAUAAUAUUGUUUUUAGCCGGCGCCGGUCUGCUUUACUGGAAUGAGGGCAGAGCAGUUCAUACAAUACUGGCGUUGGAUGAGGCCUUCGCCGAAGUGUAUACCAUGCAGUUUACAGAGGAGGAGCAGGAUCAAAGCUAUGAGCAGCGCGUAGUGCAUUUGUCGGGUCCAAUUCUAUGCGGCGAACCGCUCACCGAACCAGACUACAAUAUACAAAUAAUGGCUGUGAAUCUGAGGCGACGCGUUCAGAUGUAUCAGUGGGUGGAGGAUUCGGUUAGCGAGUCCAGCUUUGUCGAGACCAUUGGUAACGUCGAUACGGAAUCCACACGCAGGUAUUACUAUACACGCGAAUGGCGCGAUAAGCUGGUAGAUUCCAACAGCUUUAACAAUCCCCAUGGGCAUGCAAAUCCAAAACGCUUUCCCAUUGAAAGCGCCGUGACGGUGGCUGAUGCUGUCUUUAUAGGCAAAUAUGAGCUCGGGCCUGCGGUCAAACAUAAGUUUACUAAUUAUAAGGAGUUGACAUCUGAUAUACGGCCAGAGGAUAGCAGCAUCAAGUUGCAUCUGGGACUCUACUAUCAUACCAAUGAUGUGUUCAAUCCGGAGGUUGGCGAUUUACGCUUACACUUCAGUUACGCCGGCAUGGAGGGUGAAUACUACAGUGUGGUGGGCAAACUGGUGAAAAAUAAAGUAACACCAUAUGUCACUUCGCGUGGCGUGCGUGUUCUUUUGGUGUAUUCAGGAGAGCUGAGUGCCGCGGAAAUGUUUAAGCAGGAGCAUCGUAAUCAGGUCCUGCACACCUGGUAUUGGCGUUUCGUAGGCUGUGUACUCAUCUUCUUUGGCGUUACCUGCAAUAGCAAACUGCUUCGCAUCAGUUUUCUGCGCGUGCCUCUACUGCUUGCAUUGGCGCCAGAUGCACAAUUUCCUAUAGGGGGCAACUUUAUAAUUGCCUUUUCGCUGGCAUUGACUAUUGCCGCGGUGGCUUGGAUUUUGCAUCGCCCUGUGAUUGGCGCCUGUCUCUUGUUAGCCGGUGGCUCACCAUAUGUUUGGCUCACACGCAAUCUAGUCGAUUAUCAACGCGUCGAUUAAGUCACACUCACACCCGUCUGCCCAAACCAAAAGUAGGUUGCUUAAGUUGUACUAUAUAUAUUUAUUUGUCUGUGUGUGUGCCAUGGUGAAGGUGUUCAAUAACGAUAUCUCGAUUAAAACUGAAUAACACU